AUGGAAUUUUCAAACCGAUGGUCAAGUGGGUCUUUCUUAAUAGGUAAAGGAAAAUCUAUGAAGAUUGAAAGUUUGAAAAAGAAUUUAAAUAUUUUGGAAGAAAAUCAAAGACAACUUAAAGAGUUACAGUCAAAACUAACCAUCACAAUGAAGAAAGAAAGACAAUCUCAUAUCGAUGAUAAAUAUUUAAAUAAGAUGUCUGUACAGAAAAUCGGUUUUUGGACGAAAUAUGGAAAAGCAGAAUAA